UUUUUUUUUCUUUCUCUCUCUCUCUCUCCCUUUCUUGUUGUUUGAAGAAAUAAAAGAUAUGGAUUCUGAUGAAAUUAUCUCUGUUUUGAAUAUACAUGAACCAUCUAUGAAACUCGACAAUAAUGAAGAUAAUAACGAUAUCAGUACUAGUUCGUUAAAGGAAUAUGACAAACAGCUUGAUCCAUCUUGGUCAUAUGAAAUUCAUUCUUCUUCGCCACUUGACCAACGCAUCAACAAUCAAUACCAAUACAUUACCUCGGAAGAACGCGAUAGGGAACGUCGUAGUAGGGAAUAUGAACACUCAAUUGAAGACGAAGACAUAUCAGUAAUGGAAGAAUCCCAACCCAAUGGUGUUUAUAACGAUGAUUUAGAAGACUUUCAAUCUACAACUAUACCCACGGUGGUUCCAUUGAAUUCUAUUCCAUCUAAUUCUCUUAACCCUCGUCAACAAGAAGAAGCAGAUCAGCCUGUACGAGAAGGAAUGCGUUAUCUAUUUGAUAAUAAAUUUAUGCGAGCCAAAGCUAUCUUUCAAAUCAAUGCAGCAAGUGAUCCUCUUUAUGCUCUUGGAUUAGGUGCCAUGGCAUUCAUACGAGCAAUCAUGACACAUAGGAACAAGGAUAUUCAAAAAGCAUUGAAAAUCUUGAAUACAACUUAUUUCAUAGCAAAGGCACAAAUCGACAAUACCAAUAAGAAACGGACAGUACCAUUGAUGCAAUCUUUCACUCGAUAUUUUGGCGAGCAGAGCAACAUCAAUAAUACCACCAGCAAAGAUGCACAGAAAAAAACGUUUUUAAUAAACAGUAUAUUACGCGCCAAUGUCAUCAAAGCCGAAGCCAGUUUAUUGAUGGGUAUUUUAUUAUUAACUCAAGAAUCUUUGAUGAGUUAUGUUAAAUGUGGGUUCCAUUUUAGACGAGCUUAUUAUAGUUAUAACCUGGUAUGGCAGGAAUAUAAACGGAUGGGUCAAGAUUAUACCAAGUAUAUGGAUCGAGAUACUGUAUCAGGUAUUCAAUUUGGUAUUGGAGCAGUUCAAUUACUCUUAUCUUCUAUGCCUUCAAAACUCGAUCAAAUUAAUUCUCUGCUUGGCUGGUCAUAUGAUAAGGAACUUGGUUUUGUUCUUUUGAAAUUAUGUACAGAGGCACGUGGUAUUCGAUCAAGUCUCUCUUCUCUUGUGUUACUCGCCUAUUACAACAUUUUGACUUCCUUUGCACCACAACUUUAUGGAAAAGAAUGUAUGGAACCAGCACUGAAAUGUUUGACAGACGCACAAAACCAACACCCACGAUCAUGUUUCUUUUUAUAUUUUGCAGCCAGAUUUGCACGAGCAGCACGCAAUCUCACGUUAUCUAGUCAAUCUUUCCGAUUUGCCACUGAAGCCAGUCGAGGUGAAUGGGCGGAACUCGCGAUGCAACCUUUAUCUGAUUAUGAACAGGCAUUCAAUGAUGCUUUACAAUUGAAUUGGGAAGAUAGUUUGGCGACAUUUACUGAUUUGGGACAACAAGGUUACUGGUCGCCUGCUUUUUCAAAAUACAUGGUAGGGGCAUGCUAUGAAAUGUUAGGACGAAGAACGGAAGCCAUUUUGGCAUUUGCUGAAGUACCACAAUUGAUUCAACGAACAAUGGCUGAAGCUGGUGUCUCUACAUAUUCUCAAAAUGACAACAUCAUCGAUAAUGGCAAUAGUAGCAAAAGUACACGUGGUAUUUUAUAUGUGGAUACAUUUAUACAAAAAAGGGUGAAACGGUAUCAACAAGGCGGAUAUCAGCAUAUGGAUCUUCAUUUACCGGCAUUAGAGAUGUUAUUGAUGUGGAAUGUAUACGAAUGGAUGGAAAAGGACGCAUUAACACAUUGUCUGACAUUGGUACAUCACGCCUUAUCCUUAGUAUAUGAACGGGAAAGAGUAGAGUAUGGUAUUCGACAAAAGAAACUAGUGCCUUCCACUGCGCCUCCCAAUUAUUACGACAAACGAGCAGGCUUAUUGUUGAUCAAGGCAACAGUGUUGAAUGGAUUACGACAAUCUCAAGAAGCUGUGGCGCAUCUCAACUGGAUAUUGGAUCAUAAACGGCAUUUUAAAUACGAUUCCUGGAUUGUACCUUUUACUUAUUGGGAAUCAGGGGUCACUUGCUGGCAUUUAGGACAAUACGAAAAAAGUCGACGAUUAUGGCAACAAGCACUGGCAUAUACAGAUUAUGAUUUCGAACAUCGGCUCACCAUUCGACUUAGUCUAGCCCUCAAUAAAUGUGAUGAUCUAGGGAUUCAUCUCAACUCUAUAACAAAAGGAGGUAUUUCUUCAAAUGGUAGGAAACGGAUGCCCCUUGCAUGAUCCCUUUCUUCAUCUUAUUGUCUAUUUAUAAAUCAAUAAAUUCUCUUUUUUAUUCAAA